UGCAACGCGUCGUUCUUGCACUAUGUACUUUGAGGUACAUACCUACCUAACCAUCACCAAAAUUGCUAUGGCCCGGGUAACGUCUCCAGCUCAUGCUAAUCAAUUAAAAUGUCAAUCUAUUAAAACACGCAUGACGCAUAGAGAUAUAGAAGUACCCGUGGCAGGUACCUAACCAUCACACCUGCAAAGCACCUGCAAAGCACCUGCAAUUCCUUAGGCAUCUAAUGCAUGGGGCACAUGAAGCACAAAUCCUUUUUGGCUGUGCUUUUCUCACCCUACUAACAAAAUACCCGCCUCAACCAUGAAUAGGCUUGGGAAGAAUCGAGAACCAGAAUCCAUUACUGCACCGCCUCAGAGUAGUGAUGAAGAGGAGGAGGAUUAUCGACAACAACGCCGAAGCGCUCACAAUAGCUUGCAAGACUCUGAUUCUGACAACAAUGACAGUCGAUAUAAAGAUAUAAAACCUACAAUUUUCAGUAGCUCGCAAAAGGGUGGACCUUCUAGCUCGGCUAGUUCAAAGAGAUCAUCUCAAGAUAUUGCCCCAAAGGCGGGCAAUCACCUCAUGAAUGAGUUUGGCUUCACGAGAAACGGGAAUGGGAAUAAUAAGCCAACUAUCGCCAGGCGUGCCGCAACCUAUGGCAGUAGACUAUCUCAGCCUAGACCUUCACAAGGGAGAGCAUCACAAAAAUCCGCACCUAAAUCUUCAGCAUCACAACCUGAGAAUGACUCCGGUAACUCAUUUAGGCGGUUUAAAAUUAGUCCAAGUCCCGAAGGUAUUCGGUCACCUCCAAAGAAGCGGUUUGUAAAGCCUGAGAGUAUCAGCCCAGAGAAGACGAAGCCCUCUAAAGCUUUCGUCAAACCUUCAUUCUUGUCAGAUUCUAGUCCAAGUCGAGACACCAAGAAACCCAUAUUUAGACGUAGCAGUUUAUCGUCAGAUGAAUCGCUAUCGCAGAGCAAAUCCAAAAAGCUCGGUCUAGAAGAAUCAAAUGCAGCAGUAGAAUCAAAUGCAGCAGUAGAAGCAAAGCCAACUUUGCCGCCUGGUAGGAUAAAAAAGUCGACGAAACCUAAAAAUAAAAAACGAAAAACCCUCCAUGAACCUGCGGUAGAUGAGUUCUCUCAGAGACCAGCUUUUAAGCUGCACGCUUUAGAUGAUCUUGACGACCUAGACGACAGCGAUGAUAUGGUCUUUGACGCGUUUGAGAGUAAAAGCUCUGAUGACGAAGCAGGCGAUAUCAGUAUACAAAGCCCACUGGCUACCACGGCAAGGUGUCCUAUGUGCCGUGAAGUAGUCGACGCCGAGCUUCUAGCGAAGCAUUCAGAUCACGGCAGAAUGAACAUAAAGAAACAGGCAGCAUUCUGCAGAUUACACAAGCGGCGGACAGCGUUGGAUUCUGGAACUCGGAAAGGAUAUCCCAAAAUUAAUUGGGAAAGGCUCAAUACACGAUUAGACAUGUAUCAAGGUUUAUUGAAAGAAAUCUUGGAAGGUAGUCGACACUCACACUAUCACGAAGUAUUACGAGAGAAUGUCGAAGCCGGAAAGAAUCGAACGUUACUCAAGACCGAUGACAGCCUUACACCAGGCUACUAUGGGCCGCGUGGACUCCGCGUUAUGACAGAGUAUAUAUUGCGGACUUUAUCGUCAGUUAUUCGAAAGCGUGCAGUUGAAGACAGACUCGUUUCCGCCAGAGGUUAUACAGGAUAUGUCCAGGCAGUGUUAGUGCCUGAAUUAGCAGUCCACUUGAUCAUGGAGGACAUGGGCAUUGCGGAGGAAAAGGCGCGGGAUAUCAUGCUGGAAAGUAUCGAUGUCGGAGAGCUCUUACAUGAAGACUCCGGUGACGUUAUUGCCGGUGUUAGUGAUGAAGAGGAAAUAUAAUAGUAGGACCCCAAAAAGGAACUGGAAAACCUACGUUGAGAAGAGAUAGUUACAGUACGAUAAAUAAGCAUAUGCGUUCAUCUAAAUGUAGAC